AUGGGCAUGCCUUCCUAUGUGAAAGAAAAUUUGAAAAGUGCUCAACUGAUUCUAGAAUCCCUGAAGCGGGACCAUGAGCAAGCCCUUCUUUCUCUGAAUUCUGUUUGCCCUGCGCAUGACUGUACGAUGUUACCAGACGGAGGUUUACCAAUGGAGGCGGAGAAGACUUUCAAUCUGGAGAAAAUUCCUUUAAUAAAAUCGGCUCUGAGCCGUAUACAAAGUGGUCUGGACGACUCAGAGGUUUUGUUCACAUUUGCCAGAUAUGCGGAGUGCAUGGAAGCUGAGAAUGCACGUUUGAACUUACACAAUCAGCGGCUAUGUGAAGAAACUUCGUGGCUUCGCGAUGAGUUAAAAUUUACUCAAGCGAAACUCUGUGAGAAAGAAUCCCUUCUAGCACAAACACUGGUUCAAAAGCGGCAUUUAGAAUUUAUGCUGGAGCUUACUAAGUACGAAGAUACGGAUAGUCAUUCUGGGCGAAAGAUCGAUGAAUAUCGUAAAGCCGAUGCGUUUGUUGUCUCCCGGACCGAUCACCCGCCUACUAUGUGCGCUUCUGUCCUCGGUCUUGUCAACCCCAAUAAUCUCUUCGGCUCUAUUGAAAAUCAGCGGGAUCCUCAACGUUAUUUUUCCAAGCACACUUUAAACUCCAUCUCCACUAGUCAGCACUUGGAUCUGAGCGCUUACAUGGGGUCAAGUCUAAUUGAUUGCGAUAGCACUCCCCCAGGUUGCAUUCAAACCUACCAUUCUUCCGUGAGUGCGAACGAUGAAAUUCGCCGAGCUGCUACUGCUCCUUCCGUUCCUGCUCGGUUGCAGACGUUGCAUCGGAUGGUUAUGCAAUAUACCAGCCAAAAUAAGUAUGAGGUAGCAGCAUCGUUGUGUACGCGAGCAAUUGAGGAUUUGCAGCGAGCCGGCGGACGAGAUCAGACGGAAAUUGCUGCUCUCUUGAACAUCUUGGCUCUGGUUUACCGAAAUCAGGGCAAAUAUGAUGAAGCUUCAAAGCUGCUACAUGAGGUACUGACCAUCAGAGAACGACUUUUCGAUUCGUACCAUCCUUCGAUUGCCGCUGCGCUGAACAAUCUAGCUGUCAUGUAUGCUAAAGGUUCUCGCUUCCAUAAGGCUGAACCGCUUUGCCGCCGCGCACUUGUUAUCCGCGAAAAACUUUUGGGACCCGAUCAUCCAGAUGUGGCGAAGCAGUUGAAUAAUUUGGCCUUGUUAUGUCAAAAUCUGGGACGCUUCGAUGAGGUUGAAGUGUGUUUCCGAAGAGCUUUGGACAUCUAUUCGAAGUGCUACAAACCCACCUCCCUCAUUGUGCUCCGGACCAAGAACAAUCUGGCGUCUACUCUACUGAAGCGUGGCAAUCUGAGUGACGCUGAGGCUCUGCUCAAAGAUGUUCUCUCCCCUGACCGACGACUGCGUACCCUCCCUCCGAAUCAUCAGUGCCAUUUUUCUAUGAACUCUACUGGACCGUGCAUUUCUGAAGCGGAUUCCGCCGUCUUUUCGUCCUCCUCUGCAAUGAGCAGUUACACUAUUGGCGAUUUCGCUCAUGAGCAUUCAGAUAGCCGCCCCUUCCAGUCCGACGGCUACAGUGUUCCCUUGUGGUUGUUCAUCGAGCAGGCUUGUCGCGAGGGUCGAAGUCAGUUACUACGAUUGUCCAAGUUCGAUUUGACCGCAUGGGCAUCCGAUGCGCAAAUUGAUUUAUCCGUGGUUUUGAACGCUCUGCGCAAUUUGGCCAUUGUUUAUCAGCGCCAAGGCCAUUUUUCCCAGGCCAACUUAAUACGUUCAUGGAUCCAGUCCGGAACUGCUGACUCACCAACCGUCUUCUCCAGCACACCUCUUGCUGUGGACAAUGGGAAAACGGAUGCGCCGAAAUAUAUCGCAUCAUCCUUAGCUCUGCCGCCAAAUUCCACUUCCACUCCUUGUACCGGACCCUCACCGCAGUUUUUGCAUCUUUUCUCCACUGUCCAAAGUAUCUUUCAUCGCUACGUUGAGGCCUCCUGUGUCCUGGGACGUUCAAUGAGAAAGUGCAAAUACUCGUUUGGGUCAUUGCACGCAUUUGGAUAUUUUACCCCAUGGUCAAUCAUUUCCACUCACUUCCCCAUGGAUCAUUCUCCUUCAGCUGCUUACUUACGCAUUUCCUGCCCAUCUAUGCCUCUGGUAUGAUAAGACGUUUCCCCUUUGACGUCGUGCCUGUAUACUAUACUUUUGAUGCUUUUAUCCUAUUGCUCAGAUAUUUCCUCAUUGCUUAAUUUGUCUUUGUUUUUUGUCUAAAACGCUCUUGAACCUUUUCGCUUCAGUUUUCUGUCCCGUCAGGGAUUCCAAAGUCCAUUGUCAUACGUUUGUCUCACAACUAGACAAAGACUAACAAAUACCCUUGCUUUUAAUUGA